AUGGUGGUUGUAGUGGAGGCCUUCCUGCCUGAAAUACCAGAAGACUGCGAGACACUCUCUCCCGUCGCAUCCCCAAGAGCCCGCCACACUCCCUCCCGUCGCAUCCUCAAGAGGCCGCCUGAACAUGAUGUAGCCUCAAACAAACAUGAGACUGAUGAAUACACGAAAAUUUACGAGACAAACAAUCUGAAAGCAAGGCUGACUUAUGGUCUCUGCGGCGCCGCGGGUGAAGGCAGACCAUCUCAGCUUCAGGGAAUUGAAAGGGUCAAGCUUCCACAAGCACACUCGGCUAUCGCGCUUGAUUUGCUGCAAAUGGCUGCUGUGACACCGCUGAUCUUCCUCGGGACACUGGUCACUAUGGGAGGUGCAGCCGUGCCAUCUAGCGUGGCAAAAUUGUAUCUUUCUAGUGUCUGGGAGGAAAACUUGGCACGCGGGACGGGACAGGUAGUGCGUCGCUAUCUGGAAGGGUGCUACCUUGUCCUGGUGUCUCCCCGCCCUUCACCAAGCCUCAUCCUGUUGCUCAGCAUUCUAUCCGACGUGGGCAUGGCAACACUGAAUCUGGAACUGGAAACAUUGCAAGCUUCAGAGUUGCGCCACAAACACCGAAAUGGAGACAAGCACGCCACGAAAAGGGAAGGCUCCUGGGAGUGGCUGUGGGGAGUUGACAAAGGCACGUGUCGAGCACUGCUCCUGGACCACACAGCGGGCGACGCAGAGUCAGCUGGCUUGUUUCUGGCUUCCUCGGGACUGCCGCGCCAUCCACGGACUCAGGUUGUGGUGUUCGGAGACUCGGAAUACAUGAGCUCGAUCCUGAACCACUCUGCUCUCCGCAACUCCAGCCAGGUGUUUUAUAUUUCUCCCUCCACCCUGCCACCACUGUCAAGAACGAAACUAGGUAUACGAGGCACGGUGGACAUGUACCGUCGUUGUCUGUACUGUCACGCGGGGGAAGCCGACGUAAAACUUUUUCUCAGGUGGAAUAUACAAGAUGGUUUACCAAAGACUUCCGAUGUGUUUGAUGAGACGCCUCUGGACUUCAUGGGCCACAAAUUCAGGAUCGUAGCCAAGAACUACUUCCCUUACUUCAAGUACGAUAGGGUCACCGAGCUGCCCGGCACCCUGGUGACCCCCACAGAUUCCCUCGGCACGCGCAUCACAGAAACCUUGGCCAAGAAGCUCAAUUUCACGUUCGAGGUGCGGGAGCCUGAGGACAACCAGUGGGGGCUGCCUGCGGGCGGAGGCAACUGGACGGGCAUUGUGGGUGAGCUGCAGUACGAAAAGGCAGACUUUUGCAUGGACCUCACGCUGACGCCCCAGAGAGCUGAGGUGGUGCAGUAUUCAAGGGUGUUCAUCGAUGAGUCUGUUGUGAUGCUUUCUUCAAAACCUCGGCCGCUGCCUGAGUACUUGUCUCUGGUCAGGCCGCUUGAAGGGCACGUGUGGCUGGGUGUGGUGGUCAGCGUGAUGGUAUGGAGCGCCGGCCUGUGGGUGCUGCAGAAACUCCGCCACUGGAGGCUGGAAGGACGCACCGUGAGCUUUUCAUCGUCUGUGUUCUACGGGUGGGGCUUGCUGCUGGAGGACAUCCCCUACGACCCCCCCGCCAAUCCCACGGGACAGGUGAUGGUGAUGCUGUGGCUGAUCGUGUGCUUCGUGCUGUCCUCAGCCUACAGGUCGUCCCUCAUCUCUCACCUGGUGGUGCAGGGAAAGUCAGCGGUCAUCAACACCUUCGAGGACUUGGUGGAGCGAGGCGAGCGCGAUGGGUGGACGUGGGGUACGCCGAGGAUGACAGGGGCGCUCAAGACUGUCCUCAGUACCAGUCCGGAUGAAACUAUGCAGAUGGUGUACAGCAAGAUGACAGCGGUUCCUUUCGACGAUGGCAUACAGAAAGUGCUUGAGGGAGGCUUUUCCUUCAUAUACAGUUACUACUACAGCAGGACUCGAGUAGCUACAGAUUUCACGGAUGAGAAAGGCUACACCCCGAUUCAUAUCAGCACCACCAAGUACCCGCUCUUUGCUGGCAACGCUCGUGUUUUCCGUCCCGGCGCCCCGUUCUACAGCCGCAUCAGUAUGGCCACACAACACCUCAUAGAGAGCGGCCUGAUAACCUUCUGGAUGGACGACGUGAUCACCCUGUACGUGCGGGAGGAGAGGCGGAGUAAUGUGGAGGGAAACGUCGCGAAACAGCACACAUUAUUCACCUCGGGUGACGACGGCGAGGUGGUGCUGGGGCUGGAUCACCUACAGGUCACCUACUACAUGCUGUUCAUUGGUCACGUCACUGCCUUCCUCUCCUUCGUGGCCGAGUGUCUGUCGCGCGCCACUACACACUGACUCAGGCUGGCACCAUUUGUGGGGAUUACACUUGGUUUGUGGUGAUGUUGUUGGAUCAUCACAGUAGGGAAAAGAAAAUAUCUGACUGACUGACUGACUGACUGGCUGGCUGACUGACUGUAUGAAUCAAUAGGUAAAUAAUUAAAUAUUGACAAUAAUUCGAGAGUUUGAAGAUAUCCAGUUAAGAAGCCUUUU